UUGUUCACAAUCCCAGUCGGCGUGAGUGAGCGCGCGUCGGCGACGGUUCCGGUUCGCGUUUCGAUCGUGUUUUUUUUGUUCGGAGAACCCCGACGACGACCGACACGGUGACGAGUGCUGCGAGGCCGUCGGAAAAACAGUUUUUCUAAUUUCCCAUUGGCUUCCCGACUGGAGAUGCCACCUGCUGCUGCCUGACGUGUAGGUAGACGACGGCCAGCCUUCCAGACAGCUCUUCCCCCUCGACCAUACAGUUCUGACGCGGGGAAUGGCUACAACAGUGACCAGCACAACUCCAGUCCCAACGAGGACUCCCACAAAAGGUGCCACUGCGGUUGCCACUUGCACCGCCAUCACAGCCCCAGCCGUGCCGCCCAGAGGCCCGGAAUCUCCGGGAGCCAUUAUGCCGAUGGCCAGUGCGGCACCCGGUGUCUCCCUAGCCAUGACAGCGGUCCCAAUGCCGUCGAACGUCCAUAUUCUGCCCGGAAGCGGUGGCCAGCCGUCGGCAAUGACGCCCGUUUCGCCCACAGCCGCGCCCACAGCCCUCACACAGCCGCACAGCCUCAGCCCAUCCGCGCCAAUGAUGGCCCAAGGAACACCACCCGCUCCCACGAUGGGCGGACUCUUCUGCGGAGGAAACGGAAACGCACCUGCGACGGCCACCGCCACCAAUCUCAAUGCCUUGGCCUCCCAGCAUCGCCUGCUUGAAUUGUCCCGCUUCGGACUGCGCGGAUAUGACCUGGCCCAGCACAUGCUUUCCCAGCAAGGAGCCGUCUCCAAGCUGCUAGGCACCCUGCGACCACCCGGCCUCAUCGGCGGCUCCAAGCCCAAGGUGGCCACCCCAACGGUUGUCUCCAAGAUCGAGCAGUACAAGCGCGAGAAUCCAACGAUUUUCGCGUGGGAAAUACGCGAGAGACUGAUCAGCGAAGGUGUCUGCACGAAUGCCACCGCCCCGUCGGUGAGCAGCAUCAAUCGCAUUCUGCGCAACCGCGCCGCCGAGCGGGCCGCGGCGGAGUUCGCCCGAGCCGCCAGCUACGGCUAUGCCCUGCAUCCCACGCACCCACAUCCCUACACGAGCUUUCCCACGUGGCCCGGCCACCAUCCGCUCUGGGGUGCUGUGCCCCUGCCCGCCGGCGGAGCCCUUCCCGGCAGCACUAGCUACGGCAGCGACGGCAAUUCCAGCUCCAAUGCCAACUCCCACACCACCAAUAGCAACAACACCACCAACGGGAGUGCCUGUGGGGAGAGCAGCGCCGGCAGUGGACGGCUCUCCUUGCCGGCCCUCUCGCCGGAAUCGGGGAGCAGGGAGAGCAGGAGCAGCCGCUCCCCGGAGGCGGAUGCAGACGUGGAUACAGACGCCAACCGUGUGAUUGAUAUUGAGGGAGAGGACAGCGAGUCGCAGGACAGCGAUCAGCCCAAGUUCCGCCGCAACCGCACAACCUUCAGCCCGGAGCAGCUGGACGAACUGGAGAAGGAGUUCGAAAAGUCGCACUAUCCGUGCGUGAGCACCCGCGAGAAGCUGGCUGGCAGGACCGCGCUGAGCGAGGCGCGGGUGCAGGUUUGGUUUUCCAACAGACGAGCGAAAUGGCGGCGCCACCAACGGGUCAACUUGCUCAAGCAGCGCGACUCGACUUCGACCUCAACCUCGCCAACGCCAACGCCAACGUCAACGCCUGCUGGAGGUCCACCUCCAGUUGCAUCGACGCCCGAGCCUGGUCCUCAGAAGCCGCUGGAGCAUCACGCGUAUCCGGGCUAUCGCCAUCCCUACAACACCAGCCACAUCAGCAGCAGCAGCAGCAGCAACACCACCACCACCUCCACCACCUGCAGCAACAGCAGCAGUUCCCACAACAACAGCAACAUCAACAACAACAACUUCGUCCUCGAGGUGGAACCAACGCGGGAAGCGGCACCGGCACCUCCUGCCUCACCCACAGCAUCAGCUCCAUUAUCAAUGGGCGGUGAGAACAGUGCGUUCCGUACCCUGCCCAUGCCAAUACCCAUGCCCAUGCCCAUGCCCAUGCCCAUGCCCAUACACAUGCCCAUGUCGAUGUCGAUGCACAUGCCGAUGCCCAUUCCCCAGGCCUCGGCGGCGGCCUUCGCUCUCAACUUUGCUCGCCAGUACAUAGCCAAGUACAUGGCGACGCCGCAGAUGAAUCCGAUUGGCCUGGAUCUGGGUGCAGAGGAGCAGGAGGAGGAGAUCAACGUGGAGCACGACGCAGAGGGAGGCGCAGAGGAGACGGCAUAGAGCUACUACUACUACACAUACAUAUUUACCCAUCCUACAGAGUGAUGAUCUAUUGGGGCCAUAGGAGGCAGGGCUCUGUCAGGCAGUGUCCGUUUCCUAUCGCUUUCAAUGGAGAAUAUUUAGUGCAAUUUUAUUUUUUUUUUUUUCAAUUUUUUUACUUAAUUUAUUCAGUUUUUACGAGUAUCUCUAACCGCGUGCUGAGUACAAAUAAAACCGAACCGAAUCUAUACAAUACGAUGACAUGCGUGCGAUAAA